CGUCCGUGUCUACGCAGACUGCCACAGAAGAGAAAGAAACCAAGAGCAAAGCAACAGCAUCCGUGUCCACUCAGACUGCCACAGAGGAGAAAGGAACCAAGAGCAAAACAACAGCGUCCAUGUCUACGCAGACUACCACAGAGGAGAAAGGAACCAAAAGGGCCAUGAGCACCUCCACACAAACAGUCACCGAACCAGAGCAGCCUAAACCGGUAGAAGUUGCCCCCAUUCAGAAAAAGAAAUCAAAAAGCAAAUCAGUCCGCAUAGUGACUGAUGAGGGUGAGGCAGGACCUUCACACGCAGCGGAGGAGACAGAACCAGAGAUUAUCACUCGCUCUCUAUCCCUAGGUGAGCUGCGUGACCUGCGGAGGGAAUUCACCCGCCAGACGAACGAGUCCAUCCUAACCUGGCUGCUCCGCAUCUGGGACGCUGCAGCAAACGACACCAUCCUGGAUGGAAGUGAGGCCAGGCAACUGGGAUCGCUGUCCCGGGAUGUGGUCAUUGACCAGGGGAUUGGGAGAACCCAAGAAACUCUCAGCCUCUGGAGGCGACUGCUGACAAGUGUAAGGGACAGAUACCUCUGCAAAGAAGACCUCCAGGUGCACCAGGGAAAAUGGAGCACAAUGGAACAGGGUAUCCGAUGCCUGAGGGAGUUGGCUGUGCUGGAGAUCAUUUUUGCAGAAGAUGAGAGAUUUCCUAAGAGCCCAGAUGGUGUCCAGUGCACGUCACAGAUGUGGCUGAGAUUUGCACGGCUUGGACCAGAGAUGUACUCCCGUUACCUGGCAACACUGCAAUGGAGGGAAGGAGCAUGGAGAAGACAUGAGGAAGUGGGAUGGAAAACCCACCUCCUCCUUAGCAGCCCGGGUACGUGAACUAAAAAGAGGGACAACUACCACAAGGAGCUCAUCUAGAGCCAGCGCCGCUCCGGUCUCUCGUAGCCAGAACAUCAGAAGGUAUAGAAAUGAUGAUAUGAGUGAUCCUCUUGAAGGGACAUCAAGAGCAUAUUCACCGGAGGAGAGCAACGUGCACCAUGACCAGGAUUAGAGGGUCCCUGCCUCUAGCCAGGUAGAGGAGAGGGACAACCGGAUCUAUUGGACAGUGUGGAUCCGAUGGCCUGGCA